UAAAUGGUCGAUUGAAGAAUUUCUCGAAAACCCAGUGAAAUUCAUUUGUGACAUGGACAACAACGCACGUUCACUUCAAGAGGAAAAAGAAGAUUUCAUACUCCAUGAAAUUCUCCCGCAUCUAGAAGAAUCGUGGGGUAAAUUCUUCUCUUGCAAUGAGAAAAUCUACGAGAUCUUAGCCAGAAUAUCUUGCAGCAGAAAGAGCGCCAAAGUCGUAAGGCAAGCUCUUCAGCUGCUUCUUCUUUUGAUCUGCAAGGACAACUUUGAUAGCUGCUACGAGAACGUGCUGGUUGCGGAAGUCGUUAUAAGGUCAUCUUUUCUCUCGCCCGAGGGACUGUUCAAAACCGACCGACAUUCAGAACGAGAACUCAAACUUUACGUAUACAGCCGUAUUUUGUCCUUGCUAAUGAUACAGCGAGUUCGAAAGGGGGAUUUGCGUAUCGACACCCUGGAGCUAGAUCUUAAAAAGCUACAGAAAGAGCUGAAACAAUUUGGCGAUCAGCUGAACAACAAAAAGAAGGAUGAUUUCCGAUAUUCGAUAGAGUUCAUCCAGGAGGCAAUUCCGUGUCUGUUGAAACCUCAAGAUAAGUUGAAAGUGCUGCUAGACGAGUGCCAAGAGUUUUGCUCAAACCGGAAAAUCACCAGUGGCGAUUUAAAGGUUCUUCAAGGGCUCAAGAAGAAUAGCAAGUGGAUUGAUCUGCACUGUAUCUUGAUUUAUGUUCAUGGGAAGGUAUACUGUGAGCGUCCUGUUCCACAAAUGGAGACUGAGAGACGGGCCAUGAAACUAUUCAGACUUCUCGUGGAAAAGUAUUUAAAGAGAGGUGGUGGAGAUGACUGGAGGUUUUGUUUGUUAGCAGGGUCGAUUUUAUCAGAUAUUGCGAUGAACAACGCAACGAAAGAAAUGAGGACGGAAGCAGGUGGAUGCUUAGUGAAUCUCCUUAAAGAUACAAAAGUGCAGAGAAGGCCGGAAUGUCGUGCAUUUCUUCAGCGGCGAUCUUCAGAAGUGCUUCUCUGUCCUGAUAAAGAAAUAAGGACGUUUUUGGUUCAUUGUGUAUCCAAAAACCAAAAUUUGCAGCACGACCUUCCCGAAGACCUUCACAUCAAACACCUGUCCUCCACGUACAGGACACCGACACUGGAAAUCAACCAAACAAUAGUAAGCCAAAGCUCGGGUUGCUUUGUCAAGCAUGGGAUGUUCCAAAGAAAGAAAGUGGCCGUGAAAGUCCUGUUUGUCAAGAAGCAGCACCUUCUGGAGGACAGUCCCUCUACCAACGCUAGAGAGAGGCUAAUCAGAGAAGCCGAUUGCCUGAGAAUAUUAAACGAGUCUCGACACCCAAACAUUACUGUAAGUUUUUCUUUUUAUCAGAUCUCAAAAGAGGCCCCUCUUGGUAACCUGAAGGAAUAUGUUCUUGACAAGAGAUGCCGAAUUGGUGACAUAGUCACCUUUCUGUCUCAAGUGGCGUCUGCUCUACACUAUCUUCAUGUGAAUCACAUCGUACACGGAGACCUCAGCGCUGAACACGUGAGCGUGAUAGCGCCAGACAAGGUCCAGGUUGGCCGUCUGGGUCGCUCUAAGCCUCUUUAUAUGAGCGCUUAUGAAGUAACCAAUACUUCAUGCGUGGUAGAAUCUGUCAUGCCACCUGAUGCUACUCGCUGGAGCGUACCAGAGAUAAUCUUAGAUGGGCAUUACUUACAUGCCAGUGAUGUUGGGACACUUGGAAGUCUUGCUUGGGAAUUGUACGCAUCGUUCACAACUGGACAGCAUGGGCGAGACCUCUCGGUGCCCUUCUUUGAUCUUGAAAAACAUGAGAUUCUGCCUCAUAUAAGACACCACGGACAGUUGAGCAAACCUGAGGGCUGUCCCGACUGGUUGUAUAACCUAAUGCAUCGAUGCUGGGCAUAUGAAUCUGUGCAGAGACCACCCGCUCUCGCCAUCUUUGGUUGCCUCACGAACAGGGUGCCAAUGACGUCCUGGAUUAUGAGAUUCUGGCUGGAAAGUCACGACGAAAGUGAAUGGCCAGACUUAACUAUCUGUCAGACAGAGGUUGCUUGUCAUGUAACUGAUAUGAGGAGUCGCCCCUCCAAGGAAGUCAUCGAGAAGAUGUACUCCUACGAGUUCUUUGCCAACCACAAGUACAAACACGUCGACGUUCCUUCAGUAACCGUGAGGGACGACGAAGAUGAUGAUUACUCCUUUUUUUCGAAAGCUGGAAACUCUGAAGCAAACGAGAGUUUGUACAUAAUCUCGGAUUACGAAGCUGCCGACAUUAGUCCUAAUCCGGUGGAAAGAGAUCACAAAUUUAUGGCAGUUAACCAAGAACCUAGGGAACCAGACAGUAAUGAAUUAGGCUAUUUGAGUUCAAUUGCAAUGGAAGCUGAACCACGCAGUGAUACUGAACACCGUUCCUCCAAUCAAAGCACCACUGAGGGAUUUGGGAGCAAUAGAAGUCACACCGAGAUAUACCAAGCUGAAGUUUUUUCCAGGACAGCACAUGAAGCCACUUUUUCUCAAGCGACAAAGAUUAAAAAGCGCGUUGUAGAGUACAACAAAAGUGCCUUCAGUUCCGAUCAAGACGAAGCCUCGUGGGAUGAAGACACCGAAUCUAUCCGAAACUAUGAUACACCUAUUGUAGCUAGCGAAAAUGCGGUGUACAUUCUGGAUCAAAGCCAUACUUCCCAGGGUGAAGGCACUAGAUUUAUCCCAAAACAGGAAGCAUGCCUUGUUGAGAAUGAAGCCAUGGAUAGCGAUUCAUCGGCGUGCUUUUAUCAGAAUGCCGCGUUUUGGACAUGUACGCAUCCCACGGUUCCAGACCAAUUGGUGCCACGGGGCGAUCACCUGUACGCAAACAUGCAGGAGAAGUUAGACGGGGUUACUGGUACAAGGUCCCUGCAAGGUAUGGAAACUGGGCAGCCCCACAUGGAAGCCCGCUACCAAGAACACGAAACGUCCCCACAGCUGAAUCAUGCACUUCAGGAUAUCGCCAGCAACAACAGUGCUGGCCCAUUACGGUCGUUGGCUUCAGCGGUUGGAUUUUUAAAGCGAAAUCCCAGAGCAUCUUUGUUGGAAAUCGAUCCUAAAUUGAAGAAUUACUCGAGAGGCAACAAAAUCUUUGUAGAGGGAAUUACAAGGGUCACUCUUGGAAGAGAGCUCAUAAGAAGAUGCGGUAACGAAGGACAGCAUCACUACCUAGACGCGGCUGGCUACACUACCCUACGGUUUUUACGCGCAGCCAUCGCCUUCGUCCCUGUUGCAUUAAACGAUGGGGCCGACAUGUCGAACGCUGCCUUUAUCUUUUCACAACCAGGAGGAGAUUUCUAUAUUCAGGCGGGAAGUGCAGACUGGCAGUAUUACUUCGCAGAAGACCAGAAUGGUAAAAUUUAUACCCGCAAUAUCCGUCGUUCAUUUGCUCGCUACUGGUGGGAAAUACCAAGUCUGUUGGUAAAGGCUUGGUCGUCCCUCCUAACCUUGACUGGUCCCUCCUCGUCAUGACUUGAAAAGUCUCCGUGAAAACAUGGUAUCAUUAGCCGCGUAACAAUUCAGUACUGGCACUACACAUACUGGUACUUAAUUGCAAACUGAGUAAUAUUCCCGGGUCCGGGGUAAUAUUUAAGGUUACACAAUACCUUCGCAAGUGCCCUUUAGAAAAAAAUUCGUACCUGCGUUGUUUUUAAAGAAACUACUAGAAAGUUGAUGAACUGUAGAAUUCGGAAAAAAUAUCCACUGUUUUGGCCGUGCCAAACCCAGGAGCAUAGCUUUGCUGUACAUUUAGUCUCAAGUCUCCAAAUCGGGCAGUAGAUGUCAAUAAAUGGACUGUACAAUUAGAAUCUUGUACAACUUUUUGUAAGUUCUGAGUAUAGUCCAACCUUUAUUAUGCGGCCCCCUAUUAAGCGGCCAACCUUUAUUUGGCGGCAAGCGGCCAAAGUCCCGGAAAAAAUGUCAGCUAUACACUGUAAUAAAAACCUCAAUUCAGCGGCCACCAGCGACAGCCGCCAGUUUCUUGCCGUCCCAAGGGUGAUUUGUUUUGUUUUAUACCUCUCUUAAGGGCCAGGAAGAUUUGAGGUUGGACGUUUUUAGCCAGAUGAAGGUAGAAGAAUGACAAUUUGGAAUACUGUAAAAACACAUUUUCAGCGGUAUUUAAUUAAAACAAUGACAAAACAAAGGCUCGAAGCGUUUUAAUUUGUUUGUACAGCACAAGAGCCAGUGUUGGAUUGACAGACACGUCGCGUCUGUACACGUAAUUUUUUCUUUGGCUUUUGUUAACGUUAUGGACUGCAUAAUAACUGUCAGUGUUCUACUUUUUUUCCUCUUGCAUUUGUUUGUAGUUAUAUUUGAUAAACUGAAAACUGGACCACGCCCAACGUUGUUUUCGGGUGAACCUCUAUUAAACGACCACCUCUAUUAAGCGGCAAGUUGUCUCGUCUCCGAGAGUGGCCGCUUAACAGAGGUUCGACUGUAGUUAGAAGAGGAUAUAUAUAUCUUUGUACUCCUCCCAACACACUUUAUUUACAUUAGUAAAAGUAGUGUAUAUAUUACAGUCGAGUGAGUCACUGAAUCAGCCGUGUAUCUCCGCAUAUACAUUGGAAAAUUCAGUGUUGAGGUCAGUCCCAUGCGUAUUUUAAAUUUAAAAAACAGAAUUUUUUCAUUACAGUAAAUUUUAAGCUAAUUUUACGAUAGAGUAUUUUUUCUAGACUAUGCAUGGCUUCGUCGCACUACCUCGUCUCUUACUCUAAUGUAUCAUUAUACAUUCGCCAAGCAAAAUGUGAUGAGGAUUUUUUUACUUAGUUGUAAAUAUUAUAGUUCAGUGUUGGAUCAUUUUGCUCUCGUUUUGAUGGUGAAAGAUAUUUUGAUACUGUAUUUUUUCUUGAAUUUUACAAAUAGUCAGUUACAAUUGGAAACCCAGUCGAAACUAUCCAUAAGGAUUUUGUCCCAAGUAUUUAAAUUGAGAUACUGGAGAGAACAAUCGCGGCUAAAGUUACCUUUGUUCUCGGUGCAUGCUUUUAAAAUGGAAAAAAAAACUGACAUGACUUAGAUUUGGAUGGUUCAUCUAUACAGUAAACUUAACAUUACAUGAUCGUUUGGGGAUACAAAUAUCUCUCACUCGUGAUACCAUCAACAGGAGAAGAUAACAUUAGGUGAUCAUGUAAUAUUCUUUAUUGAAGACAUAACUGUAAAUUAAAAAGAUCUGCUUAAGCCUCCAAA